UGUCCGCAGUCUCUGGUGAUCUCCUGUACUACUUCCGCAGUCUCUGGUGAUCUCCUGUACUAUGUCCGCAGUCUCUGGUCAUCUCCUGUACUGUGCCCGCAGUCUCUGGUGAUCUCCUGUACUGUGCCCGCAGUCUCUGGUCAUCUCCUGUACUAUGUCCGCAGUCUCUGUCUCUCAUCAUCUCCUGUACUGUGUCCGCAGUCUCUGGUCAUCUCCUGUACUGUGUCCGCAGUUUCUGGUCAUCUCCUGUACUGUGUCCGCAGUCUCUGGUCAUCUCCUCUACUGUGUCCGCAGUCUCUGGUCAUCUCCUGUACUAUGUCCACAGUCUCUGGUCAUCUCCUGUACUGUGUCCGCAGUCUCUGGUGAUUUCCUGUACUGUGUCCGCAGUCUCUGGUCAUCUCCUGUACUGUCUGCAGUCUCUGGUCAUCUCCUGUACUAUGUCCGCAGUCUCUGGUCAUCUCCUGUACUGUCUGCAGUCUCUGGUCAUCUCCUGUACUACGUCCGCAGUCUCUGGUCAUCUCCUGUACUAUGUCCACAGUGUCUGUUCAUAUCCUCUACUAUGUUUGCAGUCUCUAGUCAUCUCCUGUACUGUGUCUGCAGGCUCUGGUCAUCUCCU